AGAAAGAGAUGUCGAAACGUCUAUUCUUUACUUCUUAGAAGAGAGGAGUUAAACCAGCGAAAGCUAAAUGACAGAAGAAGAGUCACAUCUGGAGGGAAGCAGGAGGGGGGGAAAGUAGGAGAGGUUAAAAAAAAAAGUUGGGGUUGGUUAUGAGGUUUUGUCUCAGUGCUCCGUGGUUUUACAAUAUGGCACUAGAAAUGUAGGCAUGGGAUUGACCAUUGUCAAGACCGUAUUGAACUGAUGUCACUAGAAACCAAUAUGAAAAAUGCCUCUUCUGAAAAAAAUUAAUCAGGUCCUCCUAGCGCUGCUGGUGCUGAUGGUGUGUUUGCUUCUUCAUAAUACACUGCUGAAACCCUCCACCCGUCACAGACCAGACAACAGGAAGAGCCAUGGUAGUGCAGUUCGACAUCCUCACCCGAGAUGGUCGGAGGAGGACAAUGCCAUCCCUGUAAUUAUUUGUGCUUCAGAGGAACGCAUGGGUGGAACCAUGGCAGCAAUCAACAGCAUUAUCAGCAACACAGACGCCAGUGUUUUCUUCUAUAUUGUUACUCUUCGUGAUGCUGUCAAACUCACAAGGGAGUAUGUUGAGAAAACAAAACUGAAAGCUAUUCACUACAAAAUAUUGGAAUUUAACCCUAUGGUUCUACAAGGAAAGGUGAAGCCAGACUCAUCUCGACCUGAUCUCUUACAUCCUCUCAACUUUGUGCGAGUUUACCUUCCUUUGCUCAACCUAAAGCAUGAGAGAGUUAUCUACUUAGACGACGAUGUUAUUUUGCAAGGUGACAUCAAAGGCCUGUUCAAUAUUCAGCUGAAAGCAGAACAUGCUGCUGCUUUUGCCACUGACUGUGAUCUCCCCUCCACACAUGAGAUGGUUCGAAGCAUCGGCAUGCAGACAACCUACAUGGGCUUUCUAGACUAUAGAAAACAGCAAGUGAAAGACUUAGGCAUCCAUCCUAACGAUUGCUCUUUCAACCCCGGAGUGUUCGUGGCAGAUAUGAAAAGGUGGAAAGAACAGAAGAUCACUAAACAGCUGGAGAAAUGGAUGGAAGAGAAUUGCAGGGAUAAUAUAUACAGCAGUGCCAUGGCAGGCGGUGUGGUGACUCCACCUAUGCUCAUAGUUUUUCAUGACAAAUACACAACACUGAACCCUAUGUGGCAUGUCAGACACCUAGGUUGGAGUCCAGAUGCCCACUAUUCAGAGACCUUUUUACAAGAUGCCCAUCUGCUGCACUGGAACGGACCAUUCAAACCAUGGAAUUACCCUGCUGUCCACAUGGAUCUAUGGGAAAAAUGGUUUAUACCGGAUCCCUCCGGAAAAUUCUCUUUGAAACGACCCGAUAGUGAUAUCUAAGACCUGCAGAAUACACUCUUUUAAGACCCUUUUAUUAUAGAUAUAAAACAUGUGAAGUCAAAUCCUUCUUUGAAAGUAGAGGUAAUGCUCAUUUUUCAUUCCAACAUAUUUCUCAUGUUUCUCAGUAGGCAGUCACCUCCUCCCAAAUGUGACCUCCAUGUACUUGGAUGUUUGUUUGUUUUUUUGUAAAUUAUUCUAUUGAUUUUGUCUGAAGUCAGAUAGGAAUGUGAAGUCUUCAUGUAGAUAUUGUAGAGAUUUUAAUGUGCUAAGGGAAGUUAAUAAAACAAAAUGGCA